CAAAGGUCGCGACGACAGGUCUGAUGACGACGAGGCCGAAGUUGGAGCCGUUUUGGAGGACGGCGGUGAGGAAGGUGAGGAGGUCGGCGGAGGAGGAGAGCGCGGUGAUGAUGGACUCGAGCUGGGCGAUUUUGUCGGGUUGGGGAGAGGAUUGGGCCGCGAUGUCUGCGACGGCGGUUGCAGGGUCCAUGAUAAAUUCCAGUGCGGCUUCUUCCCUUCUUCCCCAGCAAUGAACGUUCUACGCGAGCACCCGUUUGCUGCUCUCGGAGCUCUUUCCUGCGCAAUUGCUGCUCUCGUCGACAGAUCCGUGCCUCGGCCGUAUCUCGACGAGGUCUUCCACGUGCCGCAGGCUCAGCGGUACUGUCUCUCGGACUACUCCUGGGACCCAAAGAUCACCACCCCGCCGGGGCUCUACAUCAUCUCCAAGCUCGUCCUCUCGCAGACAGUAGGAUGCUCGACUUUCUACCUCAGAGCAGUCAAUCUGCUCGGCAUACUAGUCGCAUUGCCCCUCGUCCUCCGUCUCUUUCCUGAUUCCGCCGUUUCCCCCACCAUAUCCUCCUCCUCCUCCUCCUCCUCCUCCUCCUCCUCCUCGCGCUCACUAUCACUAAAUACAACCAACAGAAGCUUAUGUCCGCGAACAAUCGUCAUGCUCCAACUCUUCCCGACUCUCUACUUUUUCGGAUUCCUCUACUACACCGACGUCUGGUCCACGAUCUUCGCCCUCCUCUCCGUCGCCCUCGCCUCUUCCUCCUCCUCCACCACCACCUCCACCCGCGCGAUCCUCGCCCGCUCCGCCGUCGGUCUCGCGAGCCUGUUCUUCCGCCAGACAAACAUCAUCUGGGUCUUCUACGCCUUCCUAACCGAGAUCUUCGCACUGCUCGUCUUCCCCGAUGAAAAAGGCAAAGAGCGCGCGAACGACCGGCUCGCGGUCGCGCCGAACCAGACCGUCUACGCGAUCGCGUCGGUGUACGAUGUCGUCGAGGUCUGUCUGAGUGUCGUUCGCCGGGCGUUUAGGAAGUUGAGGCAGAGUCGUGUGAGGCGGGUGAAGUUUUGUAAGCUGGUCGUGGCGUAUGGCGUCGUUGGCGCUGCGUUUGUUGCGUUUGUUGUUCUCAAUGGUGGUAUUACAUUAGGCGACAAGGAUAAUCAUGUGGCAGGACUCCACAUCCCGCAACUAUUCUACCUCUCUGCAUUCAUCUGCAUCCUAGCCCUCCCCACGACCUUCCCCCAACUCUCGCGCUCGCUCACGGCACUCAUCAUAUACCACCCCUUCGCCUUCCUCGUCGCGAGCGCGCUCUUCGCCCUCGCCAUCAAACACACCACGAUCGCGCACCCGUUCCUGCUCGCAGACAACAGGCACUACCCGUUCUACGUCUGGCAGCGCAUCAUAAACCGCACCUGGUGGAGCAGGUACGCGCUCGCGCCCGGCUACACGGUCUCGAUGUACAUCGUCUUUGUGCGCUCGUGGCGCUACGAGCGGUUUCUCUCGGCGCUGCUGUUUGCCGGUGCGUGCGCGGCGGUGCUGGUCCCGAGUCCGUUGAUCGAGUGUCGGUAUUACAUCGUGCCGUAUAUAAUCUGGCGGCUGCGCGUCGCGGCCACUCCGACGGCGGCGGCAGCGGUCACCACGCAGUUGUCUGAUGACUCCUCUGUGAACCUCGAGGACGAGGUUCGGCGGGCGGAGGAAAGAGAGCGCGAGCGGGUGGUGGCGGAAAACUUUGAGAUUUGCUGGUACUUGCUCAUCAACGCGGUCACGAUCGGCGUCUUUAUAAUGAAGCCGUUCGAGUGGCCUCAGGAGCCGGGGGUGGAACAGCGGUUCAUGUGGUAGUGUGUGUGUAUAUACAAAAUAUAGACUAGUCG